AUGAGGGGAAGUGAAUGGCUGAUCACGCUGGGCUUGUCGCCGCUAUGCUGGGCGUCUACACUGCCUGCGGAGCAACACCCAUUGAGCGACGUCGAGGUGGCUGGGACGAAGCUAUCUGUCACCCGUGAUCUGAUUGCUUUGCACAAGAAUCUAACCCAGAUUGAGUCCAUCUCAGGCAAUGAGAAGGAAGUGGGUGAUUGGCUUGCGGCGAGUCUAGAGUCUCAAGGCUACACUGUCGAGAAGCAGAUCGUCGAGAAGGACCCAGAAAGAUUCAAUGUCUUUGCUUGGCCGGGCAAGGUCAGAGAUGCUCCCGUAGUCUUGUCCAGUCACAUAGACACUGUCCCUCCAUUCCUGCCUUAUCACUACAACCACACAGACAAAACCAUCUUUGGUCGAGGUUCUGUAGACGACAAGGGCAGUGUAGCCGCUCAAAUCAUCGCAGUCAACAAGCUCUUGUCAAAAGGCGAGAUCAGCCCUGACGAUGUCUCGCUCCUGUUUGUCGUUGGUGAGGAAGUUGGCGGCGCUGGCAUGCGCAAAGCCAACGAUCUCGGGAUCAAACCAAAAACAGUCAUCUUCGGAGAGCCUACUGAAGGCAAGCUUGUGUCAGGCCACAAAGGGACCAUGCAAAUGGUCGUGACUGCCAAAGGUAAGUCUGGCCACAGCGGAUAUCCCUGGCUGGGACGAAGCGCCAAUGAGGUUUUGGUGCGAGCACUUGAGCCCGUUAUUACUCUUGGAGACAAGCUCCCAAAGAGUGACAAAUACGGCGUCACGACGUUCAACUUGGGCAAGAUAGAGGGCGGAGUUGCAGCAAAUGUCAUCGCUGAAUCUGCCACGGCGAAGAUAGCUGUUCGCAUUGCAGAAGGCACGCCAGAGACGAUCCAGAAGGGUGCUACCAAAGCAGUCCAUCAUGCAGUGCGUGAAUUCUUGGAGGGCGAGAUGGAGCCCGAAGACAUUGUCGAGCUUGACUUUGGCGGGAAAGGAUACGGGCCAAUCGACAUCGAUGCAGACGUUCCAGGAUUCGAAGUGAUCACUGUCAACUAUGGCACUGACAUCCCUUGGCUAGAGAAGCUGAAAGGACAGAAGCGCUAUCUCUACGGCCCUGGUACGAUCUUUGUUGCCCAUAGUGCCGAUGAAAAGUUGAAGGUCGACGAUCUGUAUGAUGCUGUGGAGGGUUACCAGAAGAUCGUUUUACACGCUCUUGGGAAGGGCGAGAACGAUAAGCAGGCCAAGGCGGAUCUCUAG